CCAUCCCGGCUCGAGAGAGAGAGAGAGAGAGAGAAGGCAGAGGAGGGAGAAGGGGGCGGCAAGGGAUAGCGUCUCGCGGCGCGUGGUGGGAUUGACGGCAAAGCGGAGCGGAAGCGAGCAGGGCGCAGGCAGAGCGAAGAGAUGGGAGAAAUUACGCGUCGCCCAGCACGCGCCCCCGACCCCCACCCGCGCGCUCCUCCCCCCUCCCCUCCCUCGCUCGCUCGGCUGGCUCCUCACCCGCGUCAUCCACCCCGCCCCCUUCCCGUCUUCCCCCCCUCCACCUCGUCACGCCGCACGGGCCCGGCCCAAAUACCCUCGCCCUCGCCUCCCACCCCUCGCGCUCUCGCCACAAACCCUAACCCUAGCUCCCCACCGGCUCGCCGCCGCCGCCGGUCCGCCGUUGGCUCGCUCCGUCCGAGGUCGCAAAGUUGGCUAGCGUAAAGGUGAGUUCAGCUGGAGUUCAGCGUGCGUGGCGAUGGAGGGGCGGGGGAACCCUCCGCUUAGCACCACUGAAGCAGUGAUAAAGAAGCCAAGGAGUGUUGCGUCAAGGAAGCCGAGGUCCACGGAGCAACUCGCCUCUGAGUACAAUGGCAUGUAUGUGCCGUCUCGGAACAUUUCCCAUGAUGAUGCCGCCGGCAUUGACGCCGGCGGGCAUUGGAGGAAAGAGCUAUACCUAAAUAGCCCUGAGAUGAAGAGCUCCAUGGCUCAUAAGAAUGACGUAUCCAGGAAGUUGAGGGAGGACAGAUCUGGAGGAGACUAUGAUGGCCACAGUCGGAGCAGCAAAUCAAAGGAUGCUGCCAAGCGUGAUAGUGGUGGUGUUCUUGCACUGGAGUGUACUGCGAGAAGCUCGGGAUCCCCCCCGGAUAACCCACAGUUGGUCCCGAGGGAUGCAAGUGUGCCUGGUGAGAAUAGGGUGAGAAAAGUAAAGCUCAAAGUUGGCGGGAUUACUCGAACCAUACAUCCGAAAACCGUCCCAGAAGAGGGUGGUAGUGGCAUUCCUGCCACGUCGGAUGGCUCUUCUCAUCGGCAUAAGCACAAGGAUUCUGGUGGGCACACAAGCAAAGAUACUCAUGGCAGUCGUGUUGAAGGAAAACAUGGCAAUAGGCAUGACAUUUCACCAUCAUCUGACCUUGUUCGCAAGAGCAAAAGGAUUCCUAAGAAGAAAGCACUUGAUGGAGAUUCUGAUGAUGAAGAUGGUGAAUUACGCUAUCUGGAAAAACUCAGGGGGGCUAAAGUUGCACCAGAUCCUAUGACCACUGGCCAUGGAGCUUAUGAUGAUUCUGCUGAUGAUGGUCUCAAGAAAAAGAAGUUGUCCAAGGUCUCUAAAAACAAGAGUAUCCCAUAUGAAGUGGAUGAGGACUUUACAAUGUCACGUUUUGGCAAGGAUGGCAGGAAGAAGUCACAAUUAGGGGAUGGCAAUGAAUUUAUUGAAGAGGAGGAAUCUGAGAUUGAUGAAAAGGUUGGGCCAAAGGAAGUUGAUUCACCUUCAGAUGUGAAGAUUGAAACUCCUGGUCUUACAACAAGACAGCGAGCCCUUCAAGGAAGGGGUGGGCAUGGAGAAAGUCUGAUUGAAUUUCCUGAUGGAUUACCAGCUGCUUCAUCAAGAAAGCAAAAGGAGAAGCUUUCAGAAGUGGAGAUACAAGCCAAAAAAGCAGAAGCUGCACAGAGGCGUAAGAUGCAAGUUGAGAAGGCAGAGAAGGAACAACAGGCUGAAGCAAUGAGGAAGAUAUUAGGUAUUGAUUCUGAGAAGAAAAAGGAAGAGAAGAAGCUUAAGGAACGGGAGGAGAAGGAAAAACAAGCAAGGUUAGAAGAAUACAGGAAAAACUGCGUCCAGACUGUCAUGGGCCCAACGGGAACUGUCAUUACAUUCCCUGAGAGUAUGGGGCUUCCAAGCAUAUUCAACUCCAAGCCUGUCAGCUAUCCACCUCCAAGGGAGAAGUGUGCAGGCCCAAAUUGCACAAACCCCUACAAGUACCGGGACUCGAAGACAAGGCUUCCACUCUGCAGCCUGGCAUGCUACAAGGCUGUCCAGGGACGUCCUGUCCAGGGGAGUGAAGCUGCCCAGGGAAGUGAUGCGGCCCAGGGAAGUGUCGCUGACCAGGGAAGUGAUGCGGCCCAGGGAGAUAUUGCUGCCCAGGAAAGUGCUGGGAAGCAAGCAUGAAGAACCUAGUUACCUGACGUGAUGCAACCAUGACCGUCAGUAGGCUGGAGAAGUGUAUGUCGACAUGGCCAGCUCGCUGGUGUGUUGUUUUUGUGGUUUCCGUGGUAGUAGUUUAACAAUCAACUUGACAAAGGAUGGGGUGACUGCCGGUUUCCUUCUGCCCUUCGAGUUGGGCGUCGUAUUGGUGGUGGUGGAUCUAGUUGUUAACUUGUGGUUGGUGUAUGAUACUAGUCGAGAAAGAAGAAAAAAAAAGUUGUACAGUAUUCUUCUCGUGCUUGCGCGGCUCAUUGGUUGCCCAGCUUUGGUCUUGAGCAGUGGCCGUUAUGUUUUUUGACGCCUGUUGUGGUGGCUGACCUGGGCGCGGGGUUUCGCCAGGUUCAAAUCGGUCGGUCGUA